AUGGGACGAAUAACUUUUGACUCUGUUUGUGGUGACUUGGGUUUUCAAGAUGCUCUUAGCCAGGAGUGUGCGCCCAGAGUCUCUGCGUCCCGCGGUCGUGCCCAUGACAUUAGUAUGGGCACGACUAUCAUAGCGAUGCAUUAUCGCGAUGGUGUAAUAUUUGCUGCUGAUAGCCGUACAUCGUCUGGGCCUAUAGUUGUGAAUCGUGUUGCACGUAAGAUUACUCGUAUUCUUCCGAAUGUGUUCAUGUUGCGUUCGGGUUCCGCGGCCGAUACUCAGAUGUUAUCAAUGAUAAUCCGAUACCACGCACAGGCGUUGUGUCUUCAGUUGCGUAAAGCCGGUCGUCGUUCAACGGAAGAUGCAAGAGAGAGUGACGAUUCUAUGCAAGUGGACUGUGAGAUGUAUACGGAAGGCGAAUAUAUCUACCAGUAUGAUGACAGUAUGGUAUGUCCUCCUUUGAAGGCUCUUGCUACAGCUACUCACAAUGUGAUGCACGAGUACCGUGAGCAACUUUACUGCGGUGUUAUUUUGGGUGGUUAUGAUAUGGCAAGUGGCCCUGAAAUAUACAAUGUGACACUUGGUGGUACCCUUUUAAAGAUCCCUGAGUUUGUCGCCAGCGGUUCUGGAUCAGGUUACAUCACUGCGUUUCUUCAGGACAAUUACGAACCUAACAUGACUCGUGAGAAAUGUCUUGAGUUACUUAAGCGGGCUAUCAAGUAUGCUAUUGACAUUGACAACAGCUCUGGCGGUCUAAUGCGUGCCGUAGCUGUAUCUCGCUAUGGCGUUUCUGAGUUCUGCUUUACUUUCUAG